AUGGCCAUCCCCAACCGCAAAGUCGUCAUCACUUCCUUCGGCCCUGCCUCCACCAGCCUCUCAAUCGUAAACUCCACCAUCGCGCCCCCUCCCAAGGCCCACGUCCAAGUCAAGAUCUACUACGCAGGCUUCUCCGGCGCCGACAUCAACAUGCGCCUCGGCAUCUACCCCCUCCAAAAGCCCGCCCCCCUCACCCCCGGCUACUGCUUCGCCGGCCGCGUCGCCGCCAACGGCCCCGGCUGCUCCAAGUUCAAGCCCGGCGCCAUGGUCACCGCCAUGACAAAGUACGACUCCGACGCCGAGUACAUCAACAUCGAGGAGAAGCACCUCGUCGCCGUCCCCGAGGGCGUCGACCCCAAGCAGGCCGCCGCCAUGGCCCUCGACUGGACCACCGCCUACGGCAUGGUCAACCGCACUGCACAGGUCAAGGCCGGCCAGCGCGUCUUCAUCCACGGCAUCAGCGGCGCCGUCGGCCAGGGCAUCAUGUAUCUCUGCCUCCUCCAGGGCGCAACCGUCUACGGCACCGCCGCCGAGCGGAACCACGCUGCUCUUAAAGAGGCUGGCGCUCACCCUUUUCUCUACACCAACAAGGACUGGAUCCGUGCCAUGAAGGAGCUCGGCGGUGUUCACGCCGUGUUUGAUGCUCUAGGCUUCGAGAGCUUCGACGAGUCCUACGACAUCCUGUCGAGCGCUGAGAGGAGCGUCGUCGUCGCCUACGGUAACAAUCUUUCUACUCUGACCAACGGCAAGACGCGCUCGAUUUGGCCUCCGAUGUUCAAGCUGCUGUUCAAGGCGCUCUACUUUUGGUCCAACAAGACGACCAGGUUCUUCGGCAUUACGCGCGACCAGUCCUCUUUCCAGCCCACAUUCCGUCUGUUGCUCGACAUGGUCAAGGAGGGCACCGUUAAAGUGCCCAUCAAGGCAGUCUGGAAACUCGACGACAUCAAGCAGGCUCACGAGGCUUGGGGCAAGGGCGCCGGUAUGGGAUCGCCCCUUAUUCGCAUUGCCUCCGAAGCGUAA